UCGCCCCACACAAAUGGACUUUCAAAAAUUGUAUGGCUUUUGCAACACACUCAAAAGUAGAUUGAAGGUGCUAGAGAGAGAAGCAGGAGAGAGAUAAGUUGGAUAGAGAAAAGAUAGAGAGGCAAAAAACUGAAGAAGUGGUUGAGAAAGAACAACCUGAAAAAGUGGCACAGAGCUUGCAGCAACUUGAAAAAGUGGCAGAAAGUCAACAGCUUGAAAAAGUGGCAGAAAGGCAACAACCUGAACAAGUGUCAAAGAACUUGAAACAACGUGAAAAAGGGACACAAAGGAAAUAACCAAAUAAUAAAGGUUCUUGCAACCCUGGAUCAUUUGGAAAUAUUCCCGAGGGUCUCUUUCCUGUUAAUAUAUGUUUAUCAUCGCCGAGUCAGUGUUUGGUUGCUCGUGGCAAACUAUAUAACACCAAAGGUAACACAGUGCACGGCAUGACGUUACCACAUAGAUAUGUCAAGGUUAAUAUCGAAGUUGCUAUUGUGCCAAAUGCUCCAUUGCCGAUAUCUGUUGAUGGUGGAGAUGUAUCGAUGGUUUGUCAUGCAAUAGGAACAAUUGUGCCAUGGCCAAUGAAACUUCUUGAAUUUGUUGCUGAAUGUGAAAAGAAUCCUGAUCAAUCCCAAAACAAAGCUAAGAAUACCCAACGAAGUGUUGAUUCUGUUUCAUCACCUAACAAAAGCAACAAAAAAUCCAAAAUUGAAGAGUCUCCUAGAGUUGGCGGUUCAACCGGUCUUGUAAAUUUACCUUUCCUUGAUAUGUAUGUGAAAAAUAUGAUGAGGGUUGGAUCUUUAGUUCAAAUAAAAAUGGAGAAAAGUAUAUUUGGUGAGGAGUUUUUAAAGCAUCUACGUGUAGAGAAUAUAAAAGAGAUUCUUGAUCACAACUGGUUAAGUGCCUCUAUUAUCACUGUAUUUUCCAGGUACCUAUAUUAUUACAAAUGUUCUCUAAUCUGA